ACCAGUAGGGUAUGUUAUCAUCUACAUUUGAGCACGGUGAACAUUUACAGUGAAAUUAAAGUGCGCGACUACAAUAGAAAUUAUUAAUAUAAAAUAACAAUUGUGUAAUAUUUACUAAGCUGUAGGAUUAGGAGUACCAAAAUCUGCAUAAGCUCACCUGAGUACGAAGUGAGUCACACUGGAUAACCUGACGCCCGCUGGACAAAAAAACCCCGCUGGAAAUGUAAUAGGUAGAAAAUGGCAAAAGUGAUAUGGGAUCCUGCAAUCGGCGAGCUGUACAAAAUAAAAGAACUCUGUGCAGAAAGAGGUGUUGAUGAGGAUAUACAGAAUAGACUGAGUGAUGCCAUAACCACGGCAGAGGCUCGGGAAGCUUACUGCGAGAGUGUCAGCAGUGAUCCGAGUGAAGUUUUAACAGCAAUACAGAGUGAAACACUAGUGUUCCCUUUUGAGGAAGCAUAUAAAGAUGGGAAGACAAAGCUGAAACUGUUUUCAGGGAUGUUGUCCGGUCAUUUCUUCGGUAAAUUCUUGCAAAGCAUAGUGAGCAUGUCAAAAGCAAAGAGAGUGUUAGAAAUUGGUACGUUUACCGGAUAUGCAACUUUGGCAUUCGCAGAAGCUCUUCCGGAAGACGGAACUGUCACAACACUUGACAUUGAACCAUACCUAGAUGAGGUUGCGAAAAACGCCUUUGCCAAAUCUCGACAUGGAAAGAAAAUUGCAAUUCGUAUAGGUGAUGCUAAAGAAACCUUAUUGAAACUAUCAGAGGAAAAGGCUCAGUAUGAUGUUGUCUUUAUCGAUGCUAAUAAGGCUGGUUAUGUCAACUAUUUUAAGACAGUGAUGGAAAAAGAUCUUCUUGCUAAAGGAGGAACAAUAGUUUUUGACAAUGCCCUGUGGUACGGCAGCGCCUAUGACGACAAAUCAGCUCAAGAAAAUGGGCACGAAAUAAGAAAAUUCAAUGAAUAUUUGAAAUCCAGGGAUGAUAUGUUUCGGGUUCUUGUCCCGAUCAGAGACGGUGCAUUAAUUGUUCGUCGCAAGGAAGAUGUCUUCUUAUAGAAGCACAAGAUGGCAGUUACAAAUAGACAAGCCAAUGCUUAUUUUCAAUUAUUUUUAAACACUGUAAUCGUUCGCCAAGUUAUUCAUCGUUGAUAAGUUUUAGGCCGUCGUGUUUAAAAUUCAUCAUUAUUAACAGUUAAAACGAGUAGAAUAAAUCGGUAUCAUUUGAAUAACUGAAAACUGUAUAGUCAUGUAACUUUUUUGUUUCAUUUACAGUCGAACCGACUUGAAAUUUAAUUUAGACAAACAAGUUGAACAGAAAAACAAAAACUAAAUACUUUUCAGCACACCCAGGAAGAUACUGACUUCCUUCUGUUUAUACUUAUUGUUGAUACUUACUGAAGAUAAAAGGUAAGGGUAGAUUUCUCAGAAGCAUAGAGCACCCCAAACACAACCAUAAAACCAUGCAAAGUAGAUCCACAAGAGAAAGAAUCUGUAACGGAAAAAAGAUGUAGACGGGUUGCUUCUAAAACCCAACAACAAAUACAAUAUAAAUAUUAUGCAACAGAAAAAUGGGGGUGGGGUGGUAAGGGGGUAAAUAAAAGGGUCAGAUGCUGGGGGAAGGUGGAGCAAAUAUGAAUAUUCAACAGGGAAAGCCACAUUCCUUAACGAAGUUGAAUUGUUUCUUUAAUGAUGAAUAUUUCUCGAAGAUAUAAACUGUACACAUUCUGGGGCACAAAUAUAUCACUGUUAGAGGAAUCGCAUGCUAAAACUGCCCAAAGAAGAUGCGACUGACAACAUUUUUACUUUUAUGUUAUCUCAAACUGAUUUAGCAAUCAGCACACACAAUAGUUACUUUUUAUCAAUAAUGCGUUGCUUAAUGGCCUUCUAUUUAUACAAAUACAAAUCUUUUGUAUGUGUUUUCUUUUACUUCAAUUUGUCAAGUUUCUUUCAUAGGGUUAGGCAUGUUACGUCCUUGUUUUGUAUUUGCCAUAAGCUAUAUUUUGUACCUUUUGUGCUUGAAUAUAAUGUCAGUUUGUGAUAUGCUUUUAUAUUUUAUAAUAAGUAUUACUUCACCUUUAUUGGAGAAAAUAUAUAAGGGUCGUUUAAAAGCUACCGUAACUGAUGUAACCUAAAAAACUAGAAUAUAAAGACGUCUGAAGUGCGUAUCAUGUUUUUAAAAACACGACACAUGUUUAAACAUCAGUUGCUGAGAAUAAACAUUACUGCAUCUUUUGUAUUUCGUUGAAUGAAGCCUAAGUGUCUGUAUGGAAGUUCUAUACAGAAUUGCACUGGAAACUAUCGGAAUUGAUAGAAGUUAGUAUAGAAAUGUUGUGAGAUAUACAGGCUUAGUUUUAUACUAAAUAAAAGGAAUCAGCAUUGUGAA